CGCUCCCGCUGUCAGCGAGCCGAAAGGAAAAGGAAGUGAAGAAGUGAACUUAGUUACCCGGCAGGUUGCUGUGUGUGGACCGAGAUGGCUGGUUCGGAAAUGACCGCUUUGCGGUCUGGUGUCGUCCAGGCGGUGACUGACUGACAGAUGCCUUCAUCAUGAUGCGGAGCUGCAGCGCCCUGGUCGUCGCCCUCCUGCUGUCCCAGGCCAGAGGCUUCCUGAGCCCCUCCGAGGACGGCGGCGGCGGCGUCCCCGAGGAGUGGAUGCUGCUCCACGUGGUCCAGGGCCACAUCGGGGCCGGAAACUACAGCUACCUGCGCCUCAACCACGACGGCAGGAUCAUCCUGCACAUGCAGAGCCUGAAGGGGGACGCGGACCUCUACGUGUCGGACAAGACCCUGCGGCCGAGCUUCGACACCUACAAGCUGCAGUCGGUCACCUGCGGCCGCGACGUGGUGACGGUGCCGGGGGACUUCGCCCGGCCCGUGGGCAUCGGCAUUUACGGCCACCCGUCUCACAAGGAGAGCGAGUUUGAGAUGCGCGUGUUCUACGAUCAGACGGUCGCCCCCGAGCCGUUCGACAAGGACUCGGAGGACGAACACAAGAAGAGGAAAUCCCCUCAGGCCGCAGAGGAGGACUUCCAGGAGGAGGAGUCCAUCUUUUGGACAAUUCUAAUCGGACUUUUGAAGAUUGUACUAGAGAUUUUGUUUUGAACAUUUUGUUUUCCUUCGUUGUUUUUUUUGUGCUCGGUCAGCAUCGAUUCUUUCUGUAGAGGUGAGAAAAUGUGGCACAAAAAAAAAACUAAUAAUCAUUUUCUUGUGAUCAAACAUGCAUAAUGGUUAAAAAAACCCAGUAGAAACCAGUUGUGGGUGGACGAUCCGCUGAAUUCGCCAGUUGAAGAGCGACUGCGUUACAUUUAAUCUCAUUUAGCUGACGCUUGUAUCCAAAGCGACUUACAAUCACACACCGUAGAACAGCUGCAGGGUUAAGUGUCUAGGGCUAGCAGAGCCGGGGAUCGAAUCGCCGACCCUGUGAUUGAAAGACGGACCGCUCACCCUUCUGACCCACAUGUGUGUUUGGUGACGAGCCGGUCGGACGCGGCAGUGUUUGGCUUCUGGUGUCGUACAGCCACACGGAAUGAAGAAGAAAUGUUGAAUCACGGCCUUAAUUUGGGCCUUUUGUGAUUUUUUUUAUUUUUUUUUUUAUUAAAAAUUAAAUCUUAAUCAGACUGCAGUUCAACCAAAAUGGAAAGAGGGGAAUAUUUCUAAAUACACGAGUGCGAGUUCCUGGUUCCUUUCAUGGUUCCUCCGGUUCCAGACUUUUUAAAUCUCAUUUUGAAAACCACGUCAAUCCCGAUUAACUAAAAGUCCAGAGUUCUUUUAUUUUAACCUUCAGUGAAUUGAAACUUUUAUAUCUUUCAAGCGUAAAUGAACUUAACAGCAGGAACAUCUCUACGCACACGUUGUGUCUCCGUGGACUUUCAACUCCAAAACCUCGAUCUUCAAAAUCAAAGUCGGGCUCGAAACAGAGGCGACUGACCUUUUGACCUUUUGACCUCUCGGCCUGCGAAUGGACCGAGAACCGCCUGUCUUAACUCGUGUUUUUUAAAUCGUAAGAACCACAAACAACUCAGCAAUACAGUCACCGUUGACCGUUUGUGAGAUGAAACACGAGGUUUCCUACAGGACGGGUUUACGGGAGAGAGAAAGUUUAAUCUUUUUAUUGGACUUAAGGUUGUAAAGUUGAUUGAUUCUCAAUUCACUGUUUUCAUUCUGUUUACUUUUAGUUUAGACUCCAAAUGUGAACGUGUGCCAACCCGUUGAAGAUUAGUAGCAGCGUUUCGUUUGGGUUUUGAUCGCUCACUGUUUUUCUAAUUAUUGUAAUUAAUUUGUUUUUUUGUUGCCUGUUGGACAAGCUCCUGAUUUAACAAAAAAAAAACAUCACCUCCUGUUGUUUCGGGGGAGUUUCAGUUACGAGGAAACUCGCUACCGCUGAGCAGAAAUGUUCAACAGUGCCUUCGAGAGAUCCGUUCUCCUGUUUCCAGAGACGAUGCAUUCAGGUUCAUAAAUAAAGCAGUGGUUUUUUCGCAAGACUGUUUAAAAGAAAAUACAAAUUUUCUGUCUUUUG